CUCCUUUUCUUUCCCCUCCCCCUCUGGCCAGUUGUUUCCUGGCCUUUGUCUGAGAUACACUGGACAGUUUUAGACCCAGUAUCCACUGCUUGCUGAGAAAUACUCAGAGGCGAGAUGGAGGAGAAGCUGCCAGGAAGUUUUUGACACCACUCAGCUCUGGGCCUCUGCCUCUGCCUCUGUGCUGAUAGUACGGGCAGCCUAACCUCAGGAGAAAGGCAUCCGCAUCCGGAGGCCUGUGCUGAGCUGUGGGCUGGUGGCUAACUCGGGGGAGGAGAAAGGACAGCCUGGAAAUGCCUGUCUUAGAUUCAUCCUAUCUGCCACCAACCAUCUUUAUUUUGACUCACAUUCUUGGAAUUGCUGGUGUUCUGUACUGGAAGAAAUGUGCUAGCUACAGAGCAGAUGAACGGGACCGAGUUCAGAAGAAAACAUUCACCAAGUGGGUCAACAAGCACUUGAUGAAGGUCCGAAAGCACAUCAAUGAUCUUUAUGAAGAUCUGCGGGAUGGACAUAACCUGAUCUCUCUAUUGGAGGUCCUUUCCGGCAUCAAACUGCCCCGAGAGAAGGGCAGGAUGCGUUUUCAUAGGUUGCAAAAUGUGCAAAUUGCCCUGGACUUCCUGAAGAAGCAACAGGUGAAACUAGUGAAUAUUCGUAAUGAUGACAUCACAGAUGGCAACCCCAAGCUGACUCUGGGCCUGAUCUGGACCAUUAUUUUGCACUUCCAGAUCUCUGACAUCUACAUUAGUGGAGAGUCAGGAGACAUGUCAGCCAAGGAGAAAUUGCUCCUUUGGACCCAGAAGGUGACAGCUGGUUACACAGGAAUCAAAUGCACCAACUUUUCCUCCUGCUGGAGUGAUGGGAAAAUGUUUAAUGCACUUAUUCACAGAUACAGACCUGACCUGGUAGACAUGGAAAGAGUACAAAUCCAAAGUAACCGAGAGAAUCUGGAGCAGGCCUUUGAAGUUGCAGAAAGACUGGGAGUUACUCGGUUACUGGAUGCAGAAGAUGUGGAUGUGCCAUCUCCAGAUGAAAAGUCCGUUAUCACUUACGUGUCUUCAAUUUAUGAUGCCUUCCCUAAAGUCCCUGAGGGUGGAGAAGGGAUCAGUGCUACGGAAGUGGACUCAAGGUGGCAAGAAUACCAAAGCCGGGUGGAUUCCCUCAUCCCCUGGAUCAAACAGCACACAAUAUUGAUGGCAGAUAAAUCUUUCCCCCAGAACCCUGUUGAAUUAAAGGCACUUUAUAACCAAUAUAUACACUUCAAAGAAACAGAAAUUUUAGCCAAGGAGAGAGAAAAAGGAAGAAUUGAGGAAUUAUACAAAUUACUAGAGGUAUGGAUUGAAUUUGGCCGAAUUAAACUGCCUCAGGGUUACCACCCUAAUGAUGUGGAAGAGGAGUGGGGAAAACUCAUCAUUGAAAUGCUGGAGCGAGAGAAAUCACUUCGACCAGCUGUGGAGAGGCUGGAACUACUGCUACAGAUUGCAAACAAAAUCCAGAAUGGUGCUUUGAACUGUGAAGAAAAACUGACACUAGCUAAGAAUACACUGCAGGCUGAUGCAGCUCACCUGGAGUCGGGCCAACCAGUACAAUGUGAGUCUGAUGUCAUCAUGUACAUCCAGGAAUGUGAAGGUCUCAUCAGGCAGUUGCAGGUGGAUCUCCAGAUACUUCGAGAUGAGAAUUACUACCAACUAGAAGAGCUAGCUUUUAGGGUCAUGCGCUUACAGGAUGAAUUGGUCACCUUGCGCCUAGAGUGCACAAACCUGUACCGGAAAGGCCAUUUCACUACACUUGAGCUGGCUCCACCCUCUGCUCUAACCACUACUCAUCUAAAGGCAGAACCUUUAACCAAAGGAACCCAUUCUUCCUCUACCUCCUGGUUCCGAAAACCCAUGACUCGGACUGAACUUGUGGCUAUCUCCUCCUCUGAGGAUGAAGGCAAUCUCCGAUUUGUUUAUGAACUACUGUCUUGGGUAGAGGAGAUGCAGAUGAAACUAGAGAGAGCAGAAUGGGGUAAUGACCUGCCUAGUGUGGAGCUGCAGCUGGAAACUCAGCAGCACAUCCACACCAGCGUAGAAGAACUGGGCUCAAGUGUCAAAGAGGCCAGGCUGUAUGAGAACAAAAUGUCUCAAAAUUUCCAUACCAGCUAUGUUGAAACUCUUGGGAAGCUGGAAACCCAGUAUUGUAAGUUAAAGGAAACUUCCAGCUUCCGGAUGAGGCACCUUCAGAGCCUGCAUAAAUUUGUCUCCAGAGCUACAGCUGAGUUGAUCUGGUUGAAUGAGAAGGAGGAGGAGGAACUAGCAUAUGAUUGGAGUGACAACAAUCCCAAUAUUUCAGCCAAGAAAAAUUAUUUCUCUGAGUUGACAGUGGAACUAGAGGAGAAGCAGGAUGUGUUCCGGUCUCUCCAGGAUACAGCAGAGCUGCUGUCACUUGAGAACCACCCAGCCAAACAGACAGUGGAGGCUUACAGUGCGGCUGUCCAGUCCCAGUUACAGUGGAUGAAGCAGCUCUGCUUGUGUGUUGAGCAGCAUGUGAAAGAGAAUACUGCUUACUUUCAGUUCUUCAGUGAUGCCCGAGACCUGGAUUCAUUCUUAAAGAACCUUCAAGACUCCAUCAAACGAAAAUAUACAUGUGAUCACAAUACCAGCUUAUCCCGCCUGGAGGACCUGCUCCAGGACUCCAUGGAUGAAAAGGAACAGCUUAUACAGUCCAAGAGUUCCGUUGCCAGUCUUGUUGGGCGAUCAAAAGCUAUUGUUCAGCUAAAGCCUCGCAGUCCAGACCAUGUGCUGAAGAGCACCAUUUCUGUUAAGGCCAUCUGUGACUAUCGGCAGAUUGAGAUCACUGUUUGCAAGAAUGAUGAAUGUGUGUUAGAAGAUAAUUCCCAGCGGACCAAAUGGAAAGUGAUCAGCCCCACAGGGAACGAGGCAAUGGUGCCUUCAGUCUGCUUCCUCAUCCCUCCACCCAAUAAGGAUGCCGUUGAAAUGGCCAGCAGGGUAGAACAAUCAUACCAGAAAGUGAUGGCCCUUUGGCACCAGCUGCAUGUUAAUACCAAAAGUCUUAUAUCCUGGAACUAUCUGCGGAAGGACCUUGAUCUUGUACAGAGCUGGAAUCUGGAAAAGCUGCGGUCUUUAGCACCUGAGGAAUGCCACCAGAUUAUGAAGAAUCUCCAGGCUCACUAUGAAGACUUCCUUCAGGAUAGUCGGGACUCUGUGCUCUUUUCAGUAUCUGAUCGCUUGCGCUUGGAAGAAGAAGUGGAUUCUUGUAAAGCACACUUCCAGCAACUGAUGAAGUCCUUAGAAAAUGAGGACAAAGAGGAGACAAUGUCCAGGAUGUACAUUUCAGAGCUAAAGAACAUUCGACUGCGCCUGGAAGAGUGCGAACAGAGGCUGGUCAAACGUAUUCAAUCCCCGAGCAGCUCCAGAACCAGUGAAGACGCUCGGCAGGACAGUGCAUUAAAGAUAGCAGAGCAAGAGCGCACCCAGCAAGAUUUGCAACAACUGAGGUCAGACUUGGAUGAUGUUUCCAAGAAAUGCAACAGCUUUCUGCAUCAGUCUCCAUCGGGUUCUAGUGUCCCAACUCUGCGAUCAGAACUCAAUUUACUCGUGGAGAAGAUGGACCAUGUCUAUGGUCUCUCCACUGUGUAUCUGAAUAAGUUAAAGACAAUCGAUGUUAUAAUACGGAGCAUACAGGAUGCUGAGCUCUUGGUCAAAGGUUAUGAAAUCAAAUUGAGUCAAGAAGAAGGAGUGCCAGGAGAUCUCUCAGCCCUGGAGUCCCAUCGGUCUACAUUAUGGCAUUGGCUUAGUGAUGUGAAAGACAGAAAUUCAGUGUUUUCAGUCCUGAAUGAAGAAAUGGCCAAGGCGAAGGUGGUGGCAGAGCAACUGAGCCGCCUGACACCAGAGCGGAACCUGGACCUGGAGCGCUAUCAGGAAAAAGGCUCCCAGCUGCAGGAACGCUGGCACCGAGUCAUUGCCCAGAUCGAGACCCGCCAAUCUGAGCUGGAAAGUAUUCAAGAAGUUCUGGGAGAAUACCGAGCCUGCCAUGGGACUCUGAUUAAGUGGAUUGAGGAAACCACUGCCCAGCAGGAAAUGAUGAAACCAGGUCAAGCAGAGGAUAGCAGAGUACUGUCAGAACAGCUCAGCCAGCAGACGGAACUGUUUGCAGAAAUUGAGAGAAAUCAGAUAAAACUGGACCAGUGUCAAAAAUUUUCCCAACAAUACUCUACAAUUGUAAAGGACUAUGAAUUGCAAUUGAUGACAUACAAGGCCUUUGUGGAAUCCCAGCAGAAAUCCCCUGGCAAGCGCCGCCGUGUCCUUUCCUCUUCAGAUGCCAUCACACAAGAGUUCAUGGACUUAAGGACUCGCUACACAGCACUGGUGACCUUAACAACUCAGCAUGUAAAAUACAUCAGUGAUGCACUCCGUCGGCUGGAGGAGGAGGAGAAAGUGGUAGAAGAGGAAAAACAGGAACAUGUCGAGAAGGUUAAAGAGCUUUUGGGCUGGGUGUCUACCCUGGCAAGGAAUACACAAGGAAAGACUACCUCAUCCCAGACCAAAGAAUCAACAGACAUUGAAAAGGCUAUUUUGGAACAGCAGACACUGUCAGAGGAACUGACAACUAAGAAAGAACAGAUCUCUGAGGCCAUCAAAACGUCCCAGAUCUUCUUGGCCAAGCAUGGUCAUAAGCUCUCAGAAAAAGACAAGGACCAGAUAUCUGAACAGUUGAAUGCCCUGAAUAAGACUUACCGUGACCUUUGUGAUGGUUCAUCAAACCAGAUUCAGCAGCUUCAGAGCCAGUUGGCUCAACAAACAGAACAAAAGACCCUGCAGAAACAGCAAAAUACCUGUCAUCAGAAACUGGAGGAUCUUUGCAACUGGGUAGAACAGGCAGAAAGAACAUUGGUGUCUCAGCAAGGCAGAGCCGUCCAACAGGACCUUGCUGCCUUACAAAAGAACCAGAGUGAUUUGAAGGAUUUACAGGACGACAUUCAGAAUCAUGCCUCUACAUUUGCCAAUGUUGUCAAAGAUAUUGAAGGGUUUCUGGAGGAGAAUCAAAGCAAGCUCAGCCCCCACGAGUUGACAGCUCUUAAGGAAAAGCUUCAUCAGGCUAAGGAGCACUAUGAGACUCUCCAGGGUCGGACCCGGCUAGCCCAAAAGGAGCUGGAGGAAGCAGUGACUUCAGCCUUACAGCAAGAGACGGAAAAGAGUAAUGCAGCAAAGGAACUGGCAGAGAACAAGAAUAAAAUUAAUGCUCUCUUGGACUGGGUGACUUCAUUGGGACCAUCUGGUGGGCAGCUGCAGACCAGCCUUCCAAGAAUAGAACAGGUGUCAGGAUCUAACCUGGGGAGAGGCUCAUUGGAUGCCACUGAUGGUCAAGUGAGGGUGAACCAAGCCCCAGAGAAGCUGGAUGAGCAAUGUGAGAAGAUAAAGGCCCGUCACCAAGAAUUGCUAUCCCAACAGCAAAAUUUCAUCCUGGCCACCCAGUCAGCUCAAGCCUUCUUGGACCAACAUGGCCACAAUCUCACAUCUGAGGAACGGCAGGUGCUGCAGGAGAAACUGGAAGAGCUAAAGGAACAGUAUGCAACUUCCUUGGCCCAGUCAGAGGCAGAGCUGAAGCAGGUGCAGACCUUACGGGAUGAGUUGCAGAAGUUUCUGCAGGAUUACAAAGAGUUUGAAAACUGGCUGGAACGGUCUGAGAAAGAGCUGGAGAAUAUGUACAAAGGAGACAGCAGUCCAGAAGCACUUCCUUCCCUGCUGAAGCGGCAGGGGAGCUUCUCAGAAGAUGUGAUUUCCCACAAAGGAGACUUGAGAUUUGUAACUAUGUCCGGACAAAAAGUCUUAGACACAGAAAUCAGCUUUGAGAAAGGAAGUGAACCGUCAGCAACUGGAAACUUAGUGAAGGAGAAGCUGAGAGAUGCGACAGAAAGAUACACUGCUCUCCACACAAAGUGUUCUCGGCUGGGCUCUCACCUGAACAUGUUGCUAGGUCAGUAUCAGCAGUUCCAGAACAGUGUCAGCAGCCUUCAGGCCUGGAUGAAGACUUGUGAGGCCAAUGUGGAGAAGCUUCUGUCAGAUACUGUUGCCUCUGAUCCUGAUGUCCUACAACAGCAGCUCGCUACAACUAAGCAGUUGCAGGAGGAAUUGGCCGAGCACCAAGUACCUAUAGAAAAGCUCCAAAAAGUAGCUCAUGAUCUCAUGGAAAUUGAAGGUGAGCCAGCUCCAGACCACAAGCAAGUUCAAGAAACUACAGAUUCCAUACUGAGCCGUUUCCAGAGCCUUUCCUGCAGUCUGGAUGAACGUUCUGCUUUGCUGCAAAAGGCAAUUGCUCAUUCUCAGAGUGUCCAGGAAAGCCUGGAAAGCCUGUUGCAGUCCAUCAAGGAAGUUGAAAAAAACUUGGAAGGGGAGCAGGUGGCUUCACUGUCAUCAGGAGUUAUCCAAGAAGCCCUGGCCACUAAUAUGAAAUUGAAGCAGGACAUUGCUCGGCAAAAGAGCAGCUUAGAGGCCACUCGUGAGAUGGUGACCCGAUUCAUGGAAACCGCAGACAGCUCCACAGCAGCAGCACUGCAGGGCAAACUGGCAGAAGUGAGCCAGCGCUUUGAACAGCUCUGUCUCCAGCAGCAAGAAAAAGAGAGCUCCCUUAAGAAGCUUCUGCCCCAGGCAGAGAUGUUUGAGCAUCUCUCUGAAAAAUUACAGCAGUUCAUGGAAAACAAAAGUCGGAUGCUGGCCUCUGGAAAUCAGCCAGAUCAAGACAUUGCCCACUUUUCCCAGCAGAUUCAGGAGCUUAAUCUGGAAAUGCAAGACCAACAGGAGAACCUGGAUACUCUUGAGCACCUGGUUACUGAACUGAGCUCCUCUGGCUUUGCACUGGACUUAUCCCAGCACCAGGACAGGGUCCAGAAUCUCAAGAAAGACUUCACAGAGUUACAGAAAACCGUUAAAGGAAGAGAGGAAGAUGCAUCAUCUUGCCAAGAGCAAUUGGAUGAAUUCAGAAAGCUAAUUAGGACUUUCCAGAAAUGGCUGAAGGAAACCGAAGGGAAUAUUCCGCCUACAGAGACUUUCAGGAGCACUAAAGAACUGGAAAAAGAGAUUGAACACCUGAAGAGUCUCCUCGAUGAGUGGACGAGUAAGGAAAUCUUGGUCGAAGAAAUCAAUUGCAAAGGAACUUCUUUAGAAAACCUCAUCAUGGAGAUCACAGCACCUGAUUCCCAAGCCAAGACAGAUCUGACAGAAAUCCAGUGUGACAUGUCAGAUGUAAACUUGAAGUAUGAAAAAUUGGGGGGAUUACUUCGGGAACGCCAGGAGAGCCUUCAAGCUAUGCUCAGCAGGCUGCAGGAAGUUCAGAAGGAGGCAAACGCAGUGCUGCAGUGGCUCGAAUCAAAAGAAGAAGUCCUGAAGGCCACAGAUGCCUCUUCAUCGCCAACCAAACCAGAGACCGUGAAAGCCCAAGCUGAAUCUAAUAAGGCCUUCCUAGCAGAAUUGGAACAGAAUGCUCCAAAGAUCCAAAAGGUAAAAGAAGCCCUCGCUGGAUUACUGAUGACAUAUCCCACCUCACAAGAAGCAGAAAAUUGGAAGAAAAUGCAAGAGGAUCUCAAUUCCCGAUGGGAAAGGGCCACAGAGGUGACUAUGGCUCGGCAAAAGCAGCUAGAGGAAUCAGCAAGCCAUCUGGCCUGCUUCCAGGCUGCAGAAUCCCAGCUCCGGCCCUGGCUCAUGGAGAAGGAAUUGAUGAUGGGAGUGCUGGGUCCACUGUCUAUUGACCCCAACAUGCUAAAUGCACAGAAGCAACAGGUCCAGUUUAUGCUGAAGGAAUUCGAAGCACGUAGGCAACAGCAGGAGCAGCUGAAUGAGGCAGCCCAGGGCAUCCUAACUGGCCCUGGAGAUGUUUCUCCAUCCACCAGCCAAGUACGGCAAGAACUCCAAAUCAUCAAUCAAAAAUGGGUUGAGUUGACGGAAAAACUCAAUUCUCGUUCCAGCCAAAUUGAUCAAGCCAUUGUCAAAAGCACUCAGUACCAGGAAUUGCUCCGGAAUUUAUCAGAGAAAGUAAAGGCAGUUGGACAGCGACUGAAUGGCCAGUCAGCUAUCAGCACACAACCUGAGGCUGUAAAACAGCAAUUGGAGGAAACGAGUGAGAUUCGAUCUGAUUUGGAGCAAUUAAACAAUGAGAUUAAGGAGGCCCAGACACUGUGUGAUGAUCUCUCAAUGCUCAUUGGUGAGCAGUACCUCAAGGAUGAGCUGAAGAAGCGUUUGGAGACCGUUGCUGUGCCUCUCCAAGGUUUAGAAGAUCUUGCAGCUGAUCGCAUGAACAGACUCCAAUCAGCUCUUGCCAGCACCCAGCAGUUCCAGCAAAUGUUUGAUGAGCUGAGGACCUGGUUGGAUGACAAACAAAACCAGCAAGCAAAAAACUGUCCAAUUUCUGCAAAAUUGGAGCAACUCCAGUCUCAGCUUCAGGAGAAUGAAGAGUUUCAGAAGAGCCUUAACCAACACAGUGGUUCCUAUGAGGUGAUUGUUGCUGAAGGAGAAGCUCUGCUUCUUUCUGUGCCUCCUGGAGAAGAGAAAAGGACUCUUCAAAACCAGUUGGUUGAUCUCAAAAGCCACUGGGAAGAGCUCAGUAAAAAAACUGCAGACAGACAAGCCAGGCUCAAGGACUGUUUGCAGAAAGCUCAGAAAUAUCAGUGGCAUGUGGAAAACCUCGUGCCGUGGAUAGAGGACUGCAAAGCCAAGAUGUCUGACCUGCAGGUCACUCUGGAUCCAGUACAACUAGAAUCCAGUCUGCUGCGAUCGAAGGCUAUGCUGAGUGAGGUGGAGAAGCAUCGCUCCCUGCUGGAGAUCUUGAACAGUGCUGCUGACAUUUUGAUCAAUUCUUCUGAAACAGAUGAGGAUGAUAUCCGGGAUGAGAAAGCUGGGAUUAACCAGCACAUGGAUACGAUUACAGAAGAACUACAGGCCAAAUCAGGGUCACUUGAAGAAAUGACACAAAGGCUCAAGGAGUUCCAGGAAAGCUUUAAGAAUAUUGAAAAGAAGGUUGAAGGGGCCAAACAUCAGCUUGAGAUUUUUGAUGCUCUAGGAUCUCAAGCCUGUAGCAACAAGAACUUGGAAAAGCUGAGAGCCCAGCAGGAAGUGCUGCAAGCCCUGGAGCCUCAGGUCGACUAUCUGAGGAACUUCACUCAGGGCCUGGUGGAAGAUGCUCCAGAUGGAUCUGAUGCUUCUCAACUUCUGCAUCAAGCUGAAGUCACCCAACAAGAAUUUCUAGAAGUAAAGCAAAGAGUGAACAGUGGUUGCAUGAUGAUGGAAAACAAGCUGGAGGGUAUUGGCCAGUUUCACUGCCGAGUACGAGAGAUGUUUUCUCAGUUGGCAGACCUGGAUGAUGAGCUCGAUGGCAUGGGUGCAAUUGGGAGAGACACUGAUAGCCUCCAGUCCCAAAUUGAGGAUGUGCGGCUCUUCCUUAACAAAAUCCAAGUCCUGAAGUCAGACAUAGAGGCUUCUGAAACAGAGUGCCGACAAAUGCUUGAAGAAGAGGGGACUCUGGACUUGUUGGGUCUCAAGAGGGAGCUAGAAGCCCUGAAUAAGCAGUGUUGCAAAUUGACAGAGAGGGGUAAAGCUCGUCAGGAACAGCUGGAGCUGACGUUGGACCGAGUUGAGGACUUCUACAGAAAAUUGAAAGUACUCAACGACAUGACCACAGCAGCCGAGGAGGGAGAGGCACUCCAGUGGGUAGUGGGAACGGAAGUGGACGUCAUCAACCAGCAGUUAGCUGACUUUAAAACAUUUCAGAAAGAACAAGUGGAUCCCCUGCAGAUGAAAUUGCAGCAGGUGAAUGGACUUGGCCAGGGAUUGAUUCAGAGUGCGGGGAAAAACUGUGACGUGCAGGGUUUGGAACAUGACAUGGAAGAGAUCAAUGCUCGCUGGAAUACACUGAAUAAAAAGGUUGCACAAAGAAUUGCACAACUACAGGAGGCUUUGUUGCAUUGUGGGAAGUUUCAAGAUGCUUUAGAGCCAUUGCUCAGCUGGUUGGCAGACACAGAGGAGCUUAUAGCCAAUCAGAAACCUCCAUCUGCUGAGUAUAAAGUGGUGAAAGCACAGAUCCAAGAACAGAAGUUGCUCCAGCGGCUCCUGGAUGAUCGAAAGGCCACAGUAGACAUGCUUCAAGCAGAAGGGGGCAGAAUAGCACAGUCAGCUGAGCUGGCUGAUAGAGAGAAAAUCACUGGACAGUUAGAGAGUCUUGAAAGUAGGUGGACUGACCUACUCAGCAAGGCCGCAGCCAGGCAAAAACAGCUGGAGGAUAUCCUGGUUCUCGCCAAGCAAUUCCAUGAGACAGCUGAGCCUAUUUCUGACUUCUUAUCUGUCACAGAGAAAAAACUUGCUAACUCAGAACCUGUUGGCACCCAGACUGCUAAAAUUCAACAGCAGAUUGUUCGCCACAAGGCUCUGGAGGAAGAAAUAGAAAGCCAUGCAACAGAUGUGCACCAGGCAGUCAAAAUUGGGCAGUCCCUCUCCUCCCUGACAUGUUCUACAGAGCAGGGUGUACUCUCAGAAAAGCUAGGCUCUUUGCAGGCCCGAUACAGUGAGAUUCAAGACCGGUGCUGCCGGAAAGCAGCCCUGCUUGAACAAGCACUGUCUAAUGCUAGACUGUUUGGGGAGGAUGAGGUGGAGGUGCUCAACUGGCUGGCUGAGGUUGAGGACAAGCUCAGUUCAGUGUUCGUAAAGGAUUUCAGACAGGACGUCUUGCAGAAGCAACAUGCUGACCACCUGGCGUUAAAUGAAGAGAUUGUUAAUAGAAAGAAGAAUGUAGAUCAAGCCAUUAAAAAUGGUCAGGCUCUUCUAAAACAAACCACAGGUGAAGAGGUAUUGCUCAUCCAGGAGAAACUAGAUGGCAUAAAGACUCGAUACACAGACAUCACAGUCACUAGCUCCAAGGCCCUCAGAACCUUAGAGCAAGCCCGGCAGCUGGCCACCAAGUUCCAGUCUACUUACGAGGAGCUGACUGGGUGGCUGAGGGAGGUGGAGGAGGAGCUGGCUGCCAGUGGAGGACAAUCCCCCACUGGGGAACAGAUACCCCAGUUCCAGCAAAGACAGAAGGAAUUAAAGAAGGAGGUCAUGGAGCACAGACUGGUGUUGGACACCGUGAAUGAGGUGAGCCGUGCGCUCUUGGAACUGGUGCCCUGGAGAGCCAGAGAAGGACUGGAUAAACUUGUGUCUGAUGCCAACGAGCAGUACAAGCUGGUCAGUGACACUAUUGGACAAAGGGUGGAUGAAAUCGAUGCUGCUAUUCAGAGAUCACAACAGUAUGAGCAAGCUGCCGAUGCAGAACUAGCUUGGGUUGCUGAAACAAAACGAAAAUUGAUGGCCCUUGGUCCAAUUCGCCUAGAACAAGACCAAACCACAGCUCAGCUGCAGGUACAGAAGGCUUUCUCCAUUGAUAUCAUUCGACACAAAGAUUCAAUGGAUGAACUCUUCAGCCAUCGUGGGGAAAUCUUUAGCACAUGUGGAGAGGAACAGAAAGCUGUAUUACAGGAAAAGACAGAGUCUCUCAUACAGCAGUAUGAAGCCAUAAGCCUUCUCAAUUCAGAACGUUAUGCCCGGCUAGAGCGGGCACAGGUGUUGGUGAAUCAGUUUUGGGAAACUUACGAGGAGCUCAGCCCCUGGAUUGAAGAAACUCGGGCACUCAUAGCACAGUUACCUCCUCCAGCUAUAGAUCAUGAGCAGCUGAGGCAGCAGCAAGAAGAAAUGAGGCAAUUGAGAGAGUCUAUUGCUGAACACAAACCUCAUAUUGAUAAACUACUGAAAAUUGGCCCACAAUUAAAGGAGCUAAACCCUGAGGAGGGGGAAAUGGUGGAAGAAAAAUACCAGAAAGCAGAAAACAUGUAUGCCCAAAUAAAAGAGGAGGUGCGCCAGCGGGCCCUGGCUCUGGAUGAAGCUGUUUCCCAGUCUGCUCAGAUUACAGAGUUCCAUGAUAAAAUUGAGCCCAUGUUGGAGACUCUGGGGAAUCUUUCCUCUCGCCUGCGCAUACCACCGUUGAUUCCUGCUGAAGUAGACAAGAUCAGAGAGUGUAUCAGUGAUAACAAAAGUGCCACCGUGGAGCUAGAAAAGCUACAGCCUUCCUUCGAGGCCCUGAAACGCCGUGGAGAAGAGCUCAUUGGGCGAUCUCAGGGAGCUGACAAGGAUCUGGCUGCAAAAGAAAUCCAGGACAAAUUGGAUCAAAUGGUUUUCUUCUGGGAAGAUAUCAAAGCUCGGGCUGAAGAGCGAGAAAUUAAAUUUCUUGAUGUCCUUGAAUUAGCGGAAAAAUUCUGGUAUGAUAUGGCAGCUCUUUUGACCACCAUCAGAGACACCCAGGAUAUUGUCCAUGACUUGGAAAGUCCAGGCAUUGACCCAUCAAUCAUCAAACAACAGGUUGAAGCUGCUGAGACCAUUAAGGAGGAGACAGAUGGUUUGCAUGAGGAGCUGGAGUUUAUUCGAAUCCUUGGAGCAGAUUUGAUUUUUGCCUGUGGGGAAACUGAGAAACCUGAGGUGAAGAAGAGCAUUGAUGAGAUGAAUAAUGCCUGGGAGAACUUAAACAAAACAUGGAAAGAGAGGAUAGAAAAACUUGAGGAUGCCAUGCAAGCUGCUGUGCAGUAUCAGGACACUCUGCAGGCUAUGUUUGACUGGCUAGAUAACACUGUGAUUAAACUCUGCACCAUGCCCCCUGUCGGCACUGACCUCAACACUGUUAAAGAUCAGUUAAAUGAAAUGAAGGAGUUCAAAGUAGAAGUUUACCAACAGCAAAUUGAGAUGGAGAAGCUCAAUCACCAGGGUGAGCUAAUGUUAAAGAAAGCAACUGAUGAAACAGACAGAGACAUUAUACGAGAACCACUAACAGAACUCAAACACCUAUGGGAGAACCUGGGUGAGAAAAUUGCUCACAGACAGCAUAAGCUUGAAGGUGCUCUGUUGGCCCUUGGCCAGUUCCAACAUGCCCUAGAGGAGCUAAUGAGUUGGCUGAUUCACACUGAAGAGUUGUUAGAUGCUCAGAGACCAAUAAGUGGAGACCCAAAAGUAAUUGAAGUUGAGCUUGCAAAGCACCAUGUUCUCAAAAAUGAUGUACUGGCCCAUCAAGCUACAGUGGAAACAGUCAACAAAGCUGGCAAUGAGCUUCUUGAAUCUAGUGCUGGGGAUGAUGCCAGCAGCUUAAGAAGCCGUUUGGAAACUAUGAACCAGUGCUGGGAGUCAGUGUUACAAAAAACAGAGGAAAGGGAACAGCAGCUUCAGUCGACACUGCAGCAGGCCCAAGGUUUCCACAGUGAAAUUGAAGAUUUCCUCUUGGAACUGACUAGAAUGGAAAGCCAGCUUUCUGCUUCUAAGCCUACAGGAGGACUUCCUGAAACUGCUAGGGAACAGCUGGAUACACACAUGGAGCUCUAUUCCCAACUAAAAGCCAAGGAAGAGACUUAUAAUCAGCUGCUUGACAAGGGCAGGCUCAUGCUUCUAAGCCGUGAUGAUUCUGGCUCUGGCUCGAAGACAGAACAGAGUGUAGCACUCUUGGAACAGAAGUGGCAUGUGGUCAGCAGUAAGAUGGAGGAAAGAAAGUCAAAGUUGGAAGAAGCCCUCAACCUGGCAACAGAAUUCCAGAAUUCCCUUCAAGAAUUUAUCAACUGGCUCACACUAGCAGAGCAGAGCUUAAACAUUGCUUCUCCUCCCAGUCUUAUUCUAAACACUGUACUUUCCCAGAUAGAGGAACACAAGGUUUUUGCUAAUGAAGUAAAUGCUCAUCGUGACCAGAUCAUUGAGCUGGAUCAAACUGGAAAUCAGUUAAAGUUCCUUAGCCAAAAACAGGAUGUUGUGCUGAUCAAGAAUUUGCUGGUUAGUGUCCAGUCGCGGUGGGAGAAAGUUGUCCAGCGCUCUAUUGAAAGGGGGCGAUCACUCGAUGAUGCCAGAAAGCGAGCAAAACAAUUCCAUGAAGCAUGGAAAAAAUUGAUUGACUGGCUCGAGGAUGCAGAAAGUCACCUGGACUCUGAACUGGAGAUAUCCAAUGACCCAGACAAAAUUAAACUCCAGCUUUCUAAGCACAAGGAAUUUCAGAAAACUCUUGGUGGCAAACAGCCAGUGUACGAUACCACAAUCAGAACUGGCAGAGCACUAAAAGAAAAGACUUUGCUUCCUGAUGAUACUCAGAAACUUGACAACUUACUGGGAGAAGUCAGGGACAAAUGGGAUACUGUUUGUGGCAAAUCUGUGGAGCGGCAGCACAAGUUGGAGGAGGCCCUGCUGUUUUCAGGACAGUUCAUGGAUGCUUUGCAAGCUCUGGUUGACUGGUUGUACAAGGUGGAGCCACAGCUAGCUGAGGACCAGCCUGUGCAUGGGGACCUUGACCUUGUCAUGAACCUCAUGGAUGCCCAUAAGGUUUUCCAGAAGGAACUUGGAAAGCGAACUGGAACUGUUCAGGUACUUAAGCGGUCAGGGAGAGAGUUGAUUGAAAAUAGCCGAGAUGACACGACUUGGGUGAAAGGACAGCUCCAGGAACUGAGCACUCGGUGGGACACCGUGUGUAAACUCUCGGUCUCCAAACAAAGCCGGCUUGAGCAGGCCUUCAAACAGGCAGAAGAGUUCCGAGACACAGUCCACAUGCUACUGGAGUGGCUUUCUGAAGCUGAACAGACCCUUCGCUUUCGGGGAGCACUUCCUGAUGACACAGAGGCUUUGCAGUCUCUCAUUGACACCCACAAGGAAUUUAUGAAGAAAGUAGAAGAAAAGCGAGUGGAUGUUAACGCAGCAGUAGCAAUGGGGGAGGUCAUCCUGGCUGUCUGCCACCCUGAUUGCAUCACCACCAUCAAACACUGGAUCACUAUUAUCCGAGCUCGGUUUGAGGAGGUCCUAACAUGGGCCAAGCAGCACCAGCAGCGUCUUGAAACAGCCUUGUCAGAACUGGUAGCUAAUGCCGAGCUCCUGGAAGAACUUCUGGCAUGGAUCCAGUGGGCAGAGACUACCCUCCUCCAGCGGGAUCAGGAGCCAAUCCCUCAGAACAUUGACCGAGUUAAAGCGCUUAUUGCUGAACAUCAGAUGUUUAUGGAGGAGAUGACACGAAAACAGCCCGACGUGGACCGAGUUACCAAGACGUACAAAAGGAAAAAUACAGAACCUUCCCAUGCGCCUUUCAUUGAGAAAACCCGCAGUGGGAGCAGGAAGCCCUUGAGUCAGCCUGCACCUCCUCCCAUGCCAAUUCUCUCCCAGUCUGAAGCCAAAAACCCACGGAUCAACCAGCUCUCUGCCCGCUGGCAACAGGUCUGGCUUUUAGCACUGGAGCGACAGCGAAAGCUGAAUGAUGCCUUGGAUAGACUGGAGGAGUUGAAAGAAUUUGCCAACUUUGACUUUGAUGUCUGGAGGAAAAAGUAUAUGCGUUGGAUGAAUCACAAGAAAUCUCGCGUAAUGGAUUUCUUCCGGCGGAUUGACAAGGACCAAGAUGGGAAGAUAACACGUCAGGAAUUUAUCGAUGGCAUUUUAGCAUCCAAGUUUCCUACCACCAAGUUAGAGAUGACUGCUGUGGCUGACAUUUUUGACCGAGAUGGAGACGGCUACAUUGAUUACUAUGAAUUUGUGGCCGCUCUUCAUCCCAACAAGGAUGCUUAUCGACCAACAACUGAUGCAGAUAAAAUUGAAGAUGAGGUCACAAGACAAGUGGCUCAGUGCAAGUGUGCAAAGAGGUUUCAAGUUGAGCAGAUUGGAGAGAAUAAAUACCGGUUUGGGGAUUCUCAGCAGUUGCGGCUGGUCCGUAUUCUGCGAAGCACAGUUAUGGUCCGAGUUGGUGGAGGAUGGAUGGCUUUGGAUGAAUUUUUAGUGAAGAAUGAUCCCUGUCGAGCACGAGGUAGAACUAACAUUGAACUUAGAGAGAAAUUCAUCCUACCUGAGGGAGCAUCCCAGGGAAUGACCCCUUUCCGGUCACGUGGACGAAGAUCCAAACCGUCUUCACGAGCAGCUUCCCCUACCCGCUCCAGCUCAAGUGCUAGUCAGAGCAACCACAGCUGUACUUCCAUGCCAUCUUCUCCAGCCACCCCAGCCAGUGGGGCCAAGACUCCACUUCAGUUCUCUCGCUGUUAUGACAAACCCUGGUUGGUAAACAGUAAAGCUGGCACCCCUGUCAGGGACAGCCAUUAUCCUGACCUUCAGCUGUCCAGCCCUGAGGUAGAGUAUGGCUUUCCUGACUAAGGACACAAAAUUAAAAAGUACAGACCAACUUUUCAUUCUAGUCGAACAUCCCUUGCUGGUGAUACUAGCAAUAGUUCUUCCCCGGCCUCUACGGGUGCCAAAACUAAUCGAGCAGACCCUAAAAAGUCAGCCAGUCGCCCCGGGAGUCGGGCAGGGAGUCGAGCCGGGAGUCGAGCCAGCAGCCGGCGAGGAAGUGAUGCC